AUUGACUUCCGCCAGAUGUCGCUGUUGUUGCUUCUCUUAAAGUCAUGGCGGAUUUUUUCACAAAUUUACAGAUUUAAGCCUGAUUCGUGGGUAGAUUUUAUUACCUUUCUUAACCGGAGUCGAAAUAAUAAUAGUACGUCCUUUGUAAGUGAAGCAUAGCGAUACGGGCGUCUAAACUGAUUCUGACAUUGGCCAACAUUCGCCAUCGACUCCGUGAAGACGUCUGACGGAUCUUCUCGAAUUUCGGUGGUUCAGUAAAUAGAUAGAAUUAACCAAUUUCAGCUCCGCACCGUACGUUAAUUAAUUUAUAACGGCUAUUAUGACGCAAUAAGCGUACGAAGAGUUCGGACGCCAUCACAUUAUUUUUACGCUCGAAAUACAGAAAUAAGAGCAGUGAUGAGUGAAGGUGUGCCUAUGCUGUACCAUGGAGGAGGUGGGUUCGGAGGGCCGCGCCAGGGCUUCGCGUCAGGAGGGCCUCUAGAGCGAGCGUGCCACUUCCCCGCUCUGGAGCUGCCGCCAGGACCGGCCACCCCGCAUCACCAUGAGCGCCCCGCUAAGGACAACACUGCCUUUGGUUACGAGUCAGAUGACUCCAGCUUGUCCAGCAAUGCUUCAGGAUCAAAUAAAAGUGGUGAGAAAGGAGAAAGCGCAUCCAGUGCCUCAGAGCCCAACACAUCGCCGCAAGGCUACGCGGUGCGCGAGUGGCGCGGGCGCGCCCGCCGCGAGCCGCAUCGCCCGCGCCGCAUCGCGCCCGAGCGCUACCUAAACGCCUCCUACCCCUUCCAGGUCAAGUUCACGCCCGAUGACUUGCUUAAUGGGUCCAAAUGGGACAACCUGUCGCAGGAGAUUUGGGACAAGUUUAUUAAGUCACAGCAGACAGAGGAGACAUUCCGCAAGAAGAUGAACCUCUGGAGAUACCUCUACGUCACAAUAAAGUCAAUAUUCCCGCGCUACGGGCUAUACGUAGUGGGCUCCACAAUGUCGGGCUUCGCGUUAGACUCUUCGGACAUGGACCUGUGUCUAUACGUGCGCGCGCUGGGCGACACGGAGCCGCGGGCGCACGCGCUCCUCCACCUCAACUACAUACUCGCCUACAUCAAGAGCUUCGAUCGCGAUGCCGAACUAAUCCAGGCAAAGGUGCCGAUCUUAAAGUUCCGCGACGCGCGUGCCGGUCUACAGGUGGACCUGAACUGCAAUAAUGUCGUCGGUAUCAGGAACACCAGUCUGCUCUACUGCUACUCCCGUCUGGACUGGCGUGUACGGCCGCUGGUGGCGGUGACCAAACUCUGGGCGCAAGCACAUGAUAUCAACGACGCGAGGCAUUGUACGCUCUCGUCAUAUUCGCUCACGCUCAUGGUCAUACACUUCCUGCAGUGCGGCACAUCGCCGCCAGUGCUGCCGUGCGUGUGCGUACGCGGGCCGUGGGAGGUGCGCGCCGCGCGACACAACCGCGCCUCGCUCGCCGAACUGUUUCUGCAGCUACUGCGGUACUACGCCACCUUCCCGUACGACAAGAUGGCGGUGUCGGUGCGCGCGGGGCGCUGCGUGCCGGUGUCGGCGUGCCGCGCCGCGCGCAGCCACAAGAACGAGCCGCACCAGUGGAAGCUGCUCUGUGUCGAAGAGCCCUUCGACUUGACGAACACAGCGCGCUCGGUGUACGACCCGGAGACGUUCGCGCGCAUCGUGGAGACGUUCCGCAGCAGCGCCGCGCGCCUCGCCGCCUCGCCGCGCCUCGCCGUCGCCUGGCCGCCGCACGCACACAUGCAGACACACACGCACCAGCACGCCGCCCAGUACCAGCCCGAGCGAUGAUACUGCCGGGACUCCGACCACACAGAGUGUAACAUUAUAUGGAGGCUGGUUCUCGAUGUUUUCCAAGACUUUAUUGACGCGGAACAGUGCAUUCCUAUGUUGAGUAUGUUGUGUAUGAGUAGUGUACGGGUACUAGUGGUGACCCACUGACGUCCCGCGCGUAACAAGUGCUCUUACGUCGCUCCGCGGCGCUCUAGUCCAGUAUUUAUUGUUAUCGUAUACCGUUGUUGACACUAGGAAACUAACCGGAGGGUGCCAGUCUGUCCGAAUUGAGCCGCGAAUAAAACAUAACGAGUUAGAAAUUUCACAGGCUGUGAUAUGCGACUGAUUCCCUUAUAAAUAUGUUGUAAGGUAGUGUUGUUACUGAUAGCGGUAAGAGCUGAUUUAGACGGCGCGCGAACUCGCAUGCGAUUUUAGUUACAUUGCGGACUGUUGGUCACGUCCAAUUCAACCGACCGAUCAAAAACCGCAAUGUAAUGAAACUUGCAUGCGAGUUCUCGUAUCGUCUAAAUAGGGCUUAAGGACGGGUCCCGCGCUAGCGGAGGUCGGUCCCUAGAGCGAACGCGCCGCGCUGUUGAAUUUACACGUACAACCAAUUAUAUACAUUUUAAUUAAGAUAGAGCGAAUGCCACUAUGAAAAAUUAUAUGUUUACAUUCCAUAGUGCCAUUGUCUGUAACUUUAUUUUAAAUCAUAAUUAAGUUAUUAAGAUGCGAACUUCAGUUUCCGAAUGCACUUAUCACUAACUCUCGCCUGUAUUACAUAUCGGAGGUUAAGAAGCCGCAAUGCGGGGGUGGUGGCGCUUGCAUUUGGAAACCGCCGGUGGCCGCCGGCGAUACUUGCAUGCUUGUAUGUCGGCCGACAAUGUACGCCGAAACGCAACCUUUGCUGCCGGGCUGCUGUACACAAGACUGAGGAUAAAUUGUUGCGAAUAUUCUCGAAUAGUCGCUCGGCCAUCCGCGCAAAAAUGCUGCCUCACUACGCGUCCUAUUAUUUUUAAUAUUUAUAUUGUUUAUAUGUAAGUUAUUUAAUGUGUACAUAGUAAGAAAGGAGAAA